AUGAAUACUAAAGAUUUGAUUGCCGAAAUUUUUGAUUCGUCCAGCAGUUCCGACGAAAGCUCGUGUUCCAGUGAGUCUACAUCUUCAUCUGAAGAUUACUCUUCGGAUAUUUGUGCCUAUUUCACUGAACGACUUGUAAGAAGCAAGCGAAAAAAGGUUGAAGAUUUUGUUGGUGAUGUGAUUUAUAAGUACUCGGAUCACGACUCGUGUUUCUUCAAAGUUAAGAAGCGCGGUGGAAGACAUGUAGUCCCUGCUGAGAAACAAAUGCUGAGCUUUUUGUGGUUUGCAGCAAACAAGGACUCGUACCGAGAAGUUGCUAAUUUGUUCAACAUUACUCAAUCAACCGUAUAUCGAACUUUUGGAUAUAUUUUGGACUUUGAAGAGGAAAAAAAUCAAACGUCAAAUAUUUUCCAGCAGAUUGCUCAAUUCCCAAAUGUACUUGGGUGCGUGGAUGGCUGUUAUAUAUCAAUUAGGAAACCGGCGCGCAAAAUGGCUCAUACAUAUGUAAACAGGCACGAUCAGCUAUCGAUAACGUUGCAAGCAGUAUGUAACGCCAAGAGAGAGUUUAUAGAUGUCGAUGUUGGUUAUUCCAGUCGCAUGCAUGAUGCACGCAUUUUUGAGAAUUCUUUUAUAAGUGAGAAACUUCCACGAAUUUGCGGUCAGCAAUUUCACAUUCUUGGAGACGCAGCAUACCCUUUGCGCGAGUUUCUUUUGGUACCGUUCAAGGAUUACGGAAAUCUUAGCAAUGUGCAAAGAAACUAUAACUUGAAGUUUAGUCAGACGCGAGUAACAAUCGAGAAUGUGUUCGGUUUACUAAAGACACGGUUUAAACAAUUGAUGCGACUUGAUUUUCAUUCUGUGGAGAGAAUGGCUCUGUUUGUACUCGCUUGUUGCGUUCUGCACAAUUUAUGCGCAGGUGACCACAUGGCUACGUCCGAAAGCAGUAAUCAGUCAACAGAAAACAUCCCUGAGGAAGGUGAAAUAGGAGAACGAAUUAUCCCAGAAAGAUCUCGUCGAAUGGACAAUCGUGCUGCGGCGCUACGAAGAUUGGGAGAAAUUAAACGAAAUGAAAUUGCCAACUCACUAUAGAAAAAAUAUAGCUGCUAGUA